AUGGAAAAACACUCCCCAGACGACGUACGCGAGAUGGACUCUCCUUCGCUGUCGCAAGAUGCUUCAGCGCAUGAAGUACAGUCGGGAGAAAUGAAGGGGGAUACAGAUGAGCGGAAUCCGCAAAACUGGAGCCAGAGGCGGAAAACACUGCUCUUUCUCGCGCUGAUGUCGAGCUCGUUGCUUGCAGAUGGAGCUAUGGUUUGGGGUGGUACUCUCAUUACUCCCCAGGCAUUGGAAUGGGGCAUUUCCAUAAACAAAUCCGCGACAAGCAUGAACUGGGGCAUUUUACUCCAGGGAUUCGGUGGAAUCUUUGCUGUUCCGCUCGUUGAAGCGUAUGGUCGUUUCCCCGUCUGGAUCUGGCCGCAGGUCAUCACAAUGUUUAUGGUCCUGGGCGCGACGCUUUCAACAGACUACAACACCUUUACGGCUUUUCGCUCGCUGCAGGGCCUUUUUGGAACAGUCCCUCAAGUCAUUGGACUGCCCAUUAUUCACGACAUGUAUAGUCCAGAGGAAUGGCCCCGCAUGAUCAACAUCUGGGGAACAACAUUCCUCGUCGGACCUUUCCUCGGCCCCGCCAUAGCCGGCUACAUUGGUGCCGGCACAAACUGGGUCUCCUCUUUUGGGGUACUGACAGCUCUAUACGGACUAUCAACAAUUCUCGUCCUCGCCUUCGGCCGAGAAACAUACUACAACCCAGAUAGACAGCCAGGCUCCCUACUAGGCUCGUAUUUUGGAUUCGGAAACACUGGCCGACCGAAAUGGAAAACGCUGGGAUACUGGUGCAAGAUCCUAGUGAUUUAUGUAUUCCGAUUCCCUUUAUUGAUGACUGGGAUUGCCAUUCUGAUUACUUUCACCUGGCCUAUUGGAAUCACUACCACCAUCGAUACUUUCCUCCACAGUCCUCCCUACCUCUUUGAUACAAUUGAGGCAUCAUCCAUGCGCUUUGCUGGUGUUAUUGGUGCACUAUGCGGCUGGGCCUUUGGUCACUUCUUCAAUGAUUGGAUCUAUCGCCGACACCAACAUGCCUGGCAGACUGAGUAUCGACUGCACGGGGUGUGGUUUCCAGUCGGGAGCAUGGUGUGCGGACUACUUACGUACGGACUGACAAUGAAUUUCGGUAAACACUGGAUUGGAAUCGCGUUUGGGUGGAUCAUGGUUAAUAUUGGAAUGGUGGGCACGAUUGUGGCAAUCACGGCAUAUUCUUUGGAGAAAUACCCCAAUCGAUCUACUUGCGUGUCUGCCAUUCUCAAUAUGUGGCGAACCUGCGGAGGAUUUGCAGUGGGGUAUUUCCAGCCUGCCUGGAUUCAACGGAAUGGAUUAGGUCUCGUCUUUGGAAUCCAAGCUAUCGUGGUUAGUGUUUCUGUUGUGUUGACGAUAGUGCCUGUCCUGUUGAGGGAGCGACGGAAGGCUGGAACGGUUGGAACUGUCGGAGCAGCUAAUACUGCGUAG